AUGGCCGCUCACUACUCUCCCUCGGAGGAAAAGGUCAAGUCCGACUCCUUCACACAGAAGCACGAUGUCUAUGUCGCCACUCUCGAAGAUGGUACCGAUGCCAACCAGACCAACGCCUUCGACCAACGCAAGGGUGAAGAGCUCAAGCACGCCCUCCUUCCCCGUCACAUGGCCAUGAUUUCCAUCGGCGGUGUUAUCGGUACAGGUCUUUUCCUCGGUACUGCCUCUUCCCUCCACAACGCAGGUCCCCUUGGUCUCUGGCUUGGUUACCUUCUCAUGGGUUCCGUCUGUUACGCCAUGAUGAUGUGUCUCGGGGAGAUGAUCUCAUAUCUUCCCGUUCCUGGUGGCCACAUCAAGCUCGCUGAGCGUUUCGUUGGAAAGCCUCUUGCCUUCGCCAUGGGCUGGAACUACUGGUACAACUGGGUCAUCGUUCUCCCCGCCGAACUUUCCGCCGCUGCCGUCCUCAUGUCUUACUGGUCCGACCUCAGCCCUGCUAUCUGGAUCACCAUCUACCUCGUCAUCGUCGUUGCCAUCAACUUGCUCGGUACCCGUGCCUACGGUGAGACCGAGUUCUGGUUUGCCUCGAUCAAGAUCAUCACCAUUGUCGGUCUCAUUAUCCUUUCCAUCUGCAUCGACCUCGGUGUCGGCAAGCAGGGCCGUCUCGGUUUCCGCUACUGGAAGGAGUUUGGUCCUUUGAACCAGUACAAGAACAUCCCAGGUACUCUUGGUCGCUUCCUCGGCUUCUUCUCCGUCCUAAUCAAUGCCGCUUUCUCCUUUAUCGGUACCGAAAUCGUCGCCAUCGCAUCUGCUGAGGCCAAGAACCCGCGCAAGUCUGUCCCCAGCGCUAUCCGCAAGGUUUGGAUCCGUAUCUGCCUCUUCUACUUCCUUGGUACCUUCAUGAUCGGUCUCGUCUGCUCUUCCCAGGCUCCCGAGCUUACCAAGGGUGCCAAGACCGCCGCUCGUUCCCCCUUCGUCGUUGCCAUCAACAACGCCGGCAUCAAGGUUUUGCCGUCACUCGUCAAUGCCGCACUCGUCACAUCAGCUGUCUCGGCUGCCUCUUCGGAUCUCUUCACCUCGAGCCGUGCUCUCUACUCGCUCGCUAUCGGAGGAUCUGCUCCCCGUAUCUUUGCCCGCACCACCAAGGGCGGUCUUCCUUACAUGGCUGUCGGCGUCUCGGUUCUCUUCUCCUUCCUCUCCUACAUGUCGGUCCGCGAUGGUGCCAGCACUGUCUUCGGCUACUUUGCUAACAUGACCUCCAUUGCCGGCCUCGUUACUUGGUUCUGCAUUGGUGUCAUGUACAUCCGCUUCCACGCCGCCAUGAAGAUUCAGGGCAUGUCGCGCGACGUCCUCCCUUACCGUGCAUGCCUCCAGCCCUUCUGCGGUUACUGGACCAGCGCCACCACCUUCAUUGUCAUGCUCUUCAGCGGUUGGUCUAUCUUCCUCAGCGGUAACUGGUCCACCAGCGACUUCAUCACCAACUACAUUCCCAUCCCCUUCUUCAUCAUCCUCUACAUCGGCAACUGGUUCUACAACCGUGGAAACGGCGCUCACAUCCCUGCCAGCGAGGUUGACCUUACCACCGGUCUUCGCGAGAUCCUUGAGGCUGAGGUCCCUGAAGAGAAGCCUACCACCGUCGCCGGCAAGGUCUGGAACUUCAUCUCCUAG